AUGUCUCACUUCACGCUCUUUUCCCUGCUGGCCUCGUCCGCCCUGGCCGCCGACCUGUACGUCUCGCCCGAGGGCACCGACUCGGGCACCGGCUCGCUCGACAGCCCGUACGCCUCGAUCCAGACGGCCGUCGACAAUGCCGCCGCGGGCGACACCAUCUAUCUGCGCGGCGGCACCUACACGCCGACGAGCAACAUCCAGUUCACCGAGAAGAACGGCACCGCCGACGCGCCCUUCACCGUCACGGCGUACGAGGGCGAGGAGGUCACGAUUGACGGCGAGGAGCUGGAGGGCACGCCGGCCGAGCUGGGCGGCUCGCUGGCCAACAGCGACCGCGGCAUCUUCCACAUCCAGGGCGUCGAGUACUGGAAGUUCUACAACAUGACCUUCAUCAACGGGCCGUACGGCGUGUAUGCCCGCGACGCCAGCAACAACUACUACGAGCGCCUGACCACGCACGACAACUACGAGACGGGCUUCCAGCUCGAGGGCGCCUCCAGCAACAACCAGGUCAUCUACCUCGACUCGUACAUGAACCGCGACCCGCGCAAGAACGGCGAGAGCGCCGACGGCUUCGCUUGCAAGGAGGGCCAGGGCGAGGGCAACGUCCUGCGCGGCGCACGCCUGUGGAACAACGUCGACGACGGGCUGGACCUCUGGGAGUUCAAGUCGCCCGUCACGGUCGAGGACGUCAUCUCGUACGGCAACGGCUUCAACCGCUGGGACUUCACCGACUUCGAGGGCGACGGCAACGGCUUCAAGCUGGGCGGCGGGUCCGACGACGAAAAGGGCCCCGCCGCGCACAAGGUGACGAACUGCAUCUCAUUCGGCAACGCGGCCAAGGGCUUCACGGACAACAAGCAGCCGGGCGACUUCGUCUUCACGCGCAACACGGCGUGGAACAACAACGCCGUCGGCUUCCAGACUGUCUCGUCCACCUCGUCCAUGACGGACAACAUUGCCGCUGCCAACGCUGGCUCGACCGAUAAUGCCGACCAGGUCAGCCUCGAGAGCACCGAGACGCAGGGCAACUCCUGGGAGGGCUCCGAGACCUGGAGCAACAGCAGCUUCGUCAGCGUCGAUGCCAGCUUGGUCCAGGGCGCCAGGCAGGCCGAUGGCCGCAUCCAGGCGAGCGAUUUCUUGCUGCCCAAGUCGGGCGACGCCAUUGGCGCUACCACGCACUGGGAGUAG